CGCACUGAUUUUCUCGUUGUGUUGGUCAAACGAAUCUUUGAUUACUAUUUUUAUUUCUCAAAUUUUUUAAUACCAGUAGAGCAUGCCUGAAGUAUCGCCUGUCUUCUCACUUUAUUCACAGUGUCUUUAUGUCAUACAAGAUAAUUUAGAACAUAUUUAUAGGCCUUCUCCUAAAUUGGAGAAGGGUAGUUCAUGUUCCAUUUCAGAAAUAUCUUAUGGCGAAGCCGACAACAAUCCGUUUCACAAAAUACCUACCGUUUUGUUGGAGGAGAUCAUCUGUUCAUUCCCUCAAGAAAAGAAAUUGAAAAAUUUCAACAUUGGGUUUCUCAUUACCCCCGAGCUUCAGCAAUUAAUUAUUCCCAGUUUGUGCCGCUAUAGCAACUACAAUGAGCAAUACUUAAAUUUCAGAAAACUUGAAAAACUGCAAGUGUUAGUCAUGCAAAAAACAAAUGUGGGAGACUCUUGUUUAAAAAUCAUAGGGACAUGGUGUAAAAAUUUAAGGGUAUUGGAUGUAAAUUAUUGUUCCAGAGUGACGGACACUGGCAUUGAAUGGUUAAUUCUCCAAUCAAGCGAGCUAAACAACACACUUCGACAGUUGUUGAUUUUCUGUCGUUCCGUGACGAAAAAAGGAACCUAA